GAUCUGGACGCGCCGUUAGUCUGACAUCCACCAACAUCCUCCUCAUCUCCCACGGGCACCGAGUGAAAGAUUCAAGCGAUAGAUUCCUGAAGUUGUCGGAUGUCGUGACGGCUGAGUUUUCGAAGUCAGUCAUCCCAGGAGCUUUCCUGGUCGACCAGUUCCCUCUGCAUUAAUGCACCGUCAUAUGUUUGCUCGGCAGGUGCUCAUGUCUGCAUAGUGCGCUACAUUCCCUCGUGGGUCCCCGGUGCCGCCUGGAAGCGAACGGCAGAAAAGUACAGAAAGAAUAUGCUCGCCGCAGUAGGGGAGCCUUUCGAAUUUGCCAAACAGCAGAUGACCUUACCUUUUCCGACAUGGACUGCCGGCACUGCGAUCUCAAGCUUUGUCUCUCGAAAUCUCGAAGACGGUGACGGAUUGCCAGAUCAUGAGGAUACUGUCAAAUACGCGGCGAUGUCUCUGUAUACCGGUGGCUCUGAUACUACUGCCUCUGCUCUCACCUCAUUCUUCCUCGCCAUGACUCUGUACCCCGAGGUCCAGUGUCGUGCUCAGGCCGAGCUUGACGCGGUAAUUGGCACGGACAGGCUACCUAACUUCGAGGACCGCGAUCGUUUGCCCUACAUUAACGCGCUUCGCUACGAGAUCCUUCGUUGGAUGCCUGUCGGGCCUCUUGCCGUACCGCACAGACUCAUGGAAGACGAUGUCUACGAUGGCUAUUUCCUGCCAAAGGGUGCUAUCGUUUCCGGGAUCAGCUGGAGAAUUCUUCAUGAUCCCAAGUGCUACCACGACCCUAUGGAGUUCAAGCCAGAGCGCUUCCUCGCGUCAGACAGCAAAGAGCCCGAACUCGAUCCGAGCAAGUUCGCCUUUGGCUACGGCAGACGGUCCACCAUACGCCUUCUCAUCUUGUUGUGUACUGGCUCAUCAGCGCUGUGCAGCAUCUGUCUUGGCAUUCUCGUCGCAGAGGCAACAAUGUUCAUCACCAUCGCUUCGACACUGGCUAUGUUCAAUAUCGCGUCUGUCGUGGAGAACGGCAGGCCCGUCCUCCCGCCGUUCCAGCAGACGUCUGGCAUCAUCACGUAAGU